AUGGCCGCAUCUGAGUCCUCUACCGCCAAUAAACGUGCUUCCAUCACGUCGAUAUCCACAAUUGCCAGUAACGCGAGCAUUUCUUCAACAGCAUCAAAGCCAGCAUUGCCCCGUCGAGAGUCUUCGGUCCAACUCGUGCCGCACUCCCACUCACCUACCUAUUUCGACCAGCCUCUGACACCCUCGGAACAAAGGCUCGUGGCCGAAACCGAAAGCCGAUUUGACGACUUGGACCUAUCAUCGAAAGACUUCGACUUUGAUGACGUCUUCACCUUCGACCGGCCUCAACGCAAGAUCCCACGCGUCGUCGAGGUCAGCUCCUCUUCCCGGGAACAACGGCAUCCCGGCCAAAGAGAUUGGAGUUACUUCAGCUUCAGCCACUAUGGCGCGGCCGCGAAUCCGAGGGCCAGGGCUGCCAACCCGUACAAACCCAAGCCUGGCAUGGCCGGCAUGCAGAGAGAGCUGGGUCUGGGUAUCGGAGCCGCGUACCUGCGGAACCAGCAGUUGCUGCACAAGGAAAGGAGGUAG